UUCGAGCCUACUUCAGAUGGAAACAUCACAGCACGUGUAUUGCAUCGCAGAAUGAACUCGUAAACACUUUUAGCUGCGGUAUUUGAUCUAACAGUCGAAGAUGCAACACGAUGAUGUGAUCUGGAGCAUCAUAAAUGAUUCAUUCUGCUCCUUCAAAACAAGAACCAAGUCUCAAAAGUUUUGUCGAAAUGAGUACAACUUGACUGGCCUGUGCAGCAGGGCGUCAUGUCCCCUGGCCAACAGCCAGUAUGCUACAAUACGGGAAGAGAAAGGUGUGUGCUAUCUGUACAUGAAGGUGAUCGAGAGGGCAGCUUUUCCCAGCAAACUUUGGGAAAAGGUCAAACUGUCCAGAAAUUAUGAACAGGCGCUCAAACAGAUUGAUGAAAAUCUGAUCUAUUGGCCAAGGUUUAUCAGGCAUAAGUGCAAACAGAGGUUCACCAAAAUCACGCAGUAUCUGAUAAGAAUAAGAAAGCUGACACUGAAAAGACAGAAGAAGUUGGUUCCCCUUAGUCGGAAGGUAGAGAAGAGAGAAUCAAGGAAAGAGGAGAAGGCCUUUGCUGCUGCUCAGUUGACGACCUCAAUUGAGAAGGAGCUCCUGGAGAGGCUGAAGAAAGGCACGUACGGAGACAUCUACAACUUCCCCACCCAUGCCUUCGACAAGGUGCUGGACGAGGAGGAGGUGGAGAGUGAGAGCGAGUCCGAGAAGGAAGGAGAGAAGGAGGAAGAUGAUGAGGAGGAGGAGUUGGAGAGAGAAGAGGAGGGAGUUGGUGAAAUUGAGUAUGUAGCCGAUGAAGACUUUGAUGAAAGUGAUGCGUCAGACAUGGAGGACAUGGGAGAUAGUGACUCAUCCGACAGCUCCUCGUCUGAAGAUGAAAAGCCCAAAAAGGCUGCAGCUCGAAGGAAACGUCCCCGUGUUGAAAUUGAAUAUGAGCAGGAAACAGAUCAGCCGUCGACAUCCAAGGUCAAGGCUGUGUCAUGAUGACCACGUUCUUGUCAAAUACUCUUCAUACUGAUGUAAGAAAUACAAAAAUGUUUUAUGGCAUAUUUUCAUCAACUUAACUCUUUUAGAUGAUUUUCCUUGUAAUCCUAUGUGUCCCCAGUAACCUAUGCUGGUCAUAAGAGAUGACUAAAUGCAUCGUGACGUCAGGAUCCGUAACUUAGUUGAUUGCGUGUCAUCAUACCCUGAUGAAAUAUUGCAGAGUGCUGCAUUCAACAACAAACAAAAACACAUAGCUUGGAGUUGUCUAUGGAUUUUGUGAUUUUCACCCGACAGAAGCGUUUAUUGUUGAUUUAGACAACAUGGCAGACUUUGACUUCCAUCAGUCUUAUGUUUAAGGUCUGCACAUUGUAAUAAUACAACACUGAAAGGAGGAGUAUUUUCCCCCCUGCCUCUUGAAGAAUGAAGACACGUCUAAUGUUAACAUUUCAACGUCAGAUGCUUGAGUUAACAGGGCUGUCUUCUUGUAUUUCAUGUACUUGUGUUCGUGAAUGUAAAUUAUUUCAGACGUGGUGUAAUUUGAAGUUUGAAGAAUCUCUGAAUGCCUCAAGGACUAUAGUCAAAUUUAAUUGACAAUUUUGGUAAAUUUUCACGCAGCUCUUAAUGUAGAGUCCUCAAGAUAAUGGUUUGUGUUAUCCCCACAAUAACACAGUUGUAAAUACCUUUGUUGCUAAAACAGGCUGAAUAGGCUGGAGAAGGGCUGGGACGGGUAACUCGGGUACCGACUACCCGGACGCAUGGUUAGUCACGUGAUAUUGUUUCAUAACAAAAAUUCACAAUAUAACUACAUGGAUACUCAACAAUUUUAAGUCUCUAAUGUUCACAUUUCUUCAUGACUAUGAACACGUUCCUUCUGACUUAUAUAUAUUUGAACAAAGCUAAAACUUCAGUCAACUUCAGUGUAUGCAUGACCACAUCGUUUUAUACCUUAUCUAAAUACAUUCUGCCAGGGCUACUGUCAAACUAUUUCUAAUCGGACAUUUUGUACCUAUCUCUUGACACAAACAGCGGGUACCCGGGUAGGGUCAAGUAACAGGGGUGUGGGUACGCGGGUAGUAAAUUUGGACUCGUUCCAGCCCUAGACUGGUGAUUAUUACAGUGUCAAACAUAGUGGUCCCACAGCUAAGGGAGAAUUCUGCCUGGAUUAACAGAAUCCUUGAAGAAGAUGAUUUUUCCAUGUUGUGGAAUUGUCUGGCCCAGACUGUAUUUACACACCGCCAUCAUAUAGCUGGAAUAUUGCUGAGCGUGGCGUUAUAUACAACAAACAAAAGUUGUGAUUGUAGUCAAGUGCUGUUUUUCUGUUAACUGAAUAAACAAUUACUUCAACACUAGCACUACAAAUAGGUUUCAAAGUCAUGGAACCAUCUCAAAGAAGACUCUUAUCCUUCAAGUAAUUUGAGCGAAAUGUUUCAUACCAGAUAAAUGUUAGCUCUUAACAUGGAUAUUUUGAUGUACAGAUAUACUGUAUGGAGUGACUAUAAUGUUCAAAUAAAGAUAGAUUUAUGAAUAAA